AUGGCCUUAAUCCAGAAGGGAGUGUGUUGUGUCUUUCACAGCCCUAACCACACUAUAAGCUCACUCAACCUCUCAUCAGCUGUUGUAUGCACCGCCACCAAUUACCAUGCCCCAAAGCCCCCAUCCAAAGCAAACCUUCAAUCAAUGACUCGUUCCAAAGCACCGAGGAUGUUGAAACCUCUAUCUGCGGCUCCCGUUCCACCGCCGCUUGACCUCACAGAAAACAACGUGAGCCAGGUUUUGGAGGACGCUCGACAGGAGCUAGGUCAAAUCUUUGACACCUCUGUUGGUAUGACAGGAGUGGUUGAACUAGCUGACUUGGAUGGACCUUUUGUGAAGCUUAGCCUUAGGGGUCGCUUUUGGCACAAGCGUUCCACGGUCCUUGCCAGAAUCGCCAAUUAUCUCAAACAGAGGAUUCCUGAAAUUUUAGAGGUCGAUAUAGAAGAUGAGAAACAAUUGGAUGAUAGUCCUGAGAAUUUUUAA